AUGGCACAGCAGCCCACCUAUCUCCUCGCUCCGAACUUCCACUGGAAGCCGGAAACCUGCCCUAUCCAGCUGGGCAGUAUUAUUUCGAACCCGCUACAACCCCAGACUAUUCUGACAACCGUCGAUGCGGCAACAUUGCAGAGUUCCUACCCACUAGUCGAAACGUUCAACAGUUACGAUCGAACCAGCACCCUGGCAACCCACCGCGACGUCUCGAUGGGCGUAUGGACAACCUUCCUUCAGGCAGUAUCCGGAAAUAUCGCGGGCGAAGGAGGCAGUGGCGUGCAAUCGACUUACAAGAUUGAUCAUCUCGAAACAGUGUACUUUGUUGCUCACCCUGACCGAAAAGAGAUUCAGGCCCGCCUGGAUGCUCCCAGCGUUCAAGAAAUCACCAAGGCUGGCCGGAUGUUGGCGCUCAGGGCACCUGUUUACAUGAUCACUGGUCGUAUGAUUGCGAAAGGAUUCACCGUCAAUGCGGAACACGAUAAACACCGUAAUGGAGAGAUUAGGGUUAGCGGCAGUGCACCCUCGCCCCUUGCUCCGGUGGGCUUUGGGGGUAAUCUAACCAACGCUGCCAGCACCAAGCAAGGGCAUAAUUGGCGGGCUGGUGACGAUCUAGUCUUUGCAUAUCAGCUUCUGGAAAUAGAGUGCAAGGGCUGGAAAGGCCGGAAGCUUGAAUAUCAUGACUUCAGGAGCAAGGAUACCCUUUUGGGCAUUCAUGAUGAAGAGGAGUCAAGCAAGAACGUGGAUGAGGUUGAAGGAUUCAUCAUUCGCGAAGUCAAUGCGAGCACUUUGGCUCGUGAGAUGAAGGGAAGAAAUAUGGCCGUGACUGAGGUUGGAGACGCGGGAAACCGAAUCACCUGUAUUUAUUCAAAAUGA